AUGGACUUUAUUAGUGGGUUGCCUAUAAACUUCACAAAGAAGGAUUUUAUUUGGGUCAUCAUGGAUCGAUUGACCAAGUCUGCCCAUUUUAUUCUAGUUCGGAUGAACUAUUCUUUACAAAAGUUAGCAAAGCUCUACAUCUCCGAGAUUGUAAGAUUUCAUGGGGUACUGGUUUUGACAAACUCUGAUUGGGAUACUCGCUUCACUUUUCGAUUUUGGAAGAAACUGCAUAAAGCUCUGGGUUCAAAAUUGGAAUUUAGUACUGCGUUCCAUCCUCAAACUGAUGGUCAAUCUGAGAGGGGGAUCCAGAUACUAAAUUCCCAGUCUAGCAUCCAGAUGGAACCUUCCGGGGCUCUGUAUGGUCAUAAGUGUCGUACUCCACUAUGUUGGACUGAGUUGGGUGAACGACGGGUUUUUGGUCCUGAGUUGGUUUGCAAGACUGAAGAUAAGGUUACGCUGAUUCAGGAUCAUCUUAAGGCGACUUCUUAUAGACAGAAGUAUUAUGCGGAUCUAAAAUGGAGGGAUAUCCAGUACUUUGUGGUGAUUUCGUUUUCGUUAAAGUAUCUCCGUGGAAGAAAGUUCGGCGGUUUGGUCGUAAGGUUGGUUUUCGAGACUGAAGAUAAGGUUAGGCUGAUUUGGGAUCGUCUUAAGGCGGCUUCUAAUAGACAGAAGUCUUAUGCGAAUCUCAAAAGGAGGGACAUCAAGUACUCUAUGCGUGAUUUCGUAUUCCUUAAGCUACCUCUAGAGUUAGACCGUAUCUAUGGUGUGUUUCACGUCUCGAUGUUGAAGCGGUAUCGGUCUGAUACAUCUCACGUUGUCUCUAUUGAAGAGAUCGAGGUUAGACCGUACUUGACUAUUGAGGAGGAGUAG